AUAACAAAACACCGAAUUUCAGUACGACGAACAAUUUUCUCGUUUUUUACGUGAAUUUUUGAUAUUACAACUUCAUCGAACGACGUCAGAGACUUUUACCUCAAAUUCUCACAAUGGAACAAGAAGAAACCUUUCAAGCUGUGCUCAUAGUUGACAAUUUCACAGAUGCUUUUACGCCGUAUGAGACAAUUGGUCUCAUUCCUUGCGUGAACGUUCCAUUGCUCGACUAUGCUUUGGAAUCGUUAAAUCGCAGCGGCGUCGAAGAAGUUUUCGUUUUUGCGAGCAUUUCGAUCGAUCAAGUGAAGGCUCUUGUGGCGGAAGGCAAGAAAAAUCACAAAACAUGGUCGAUAAAAAUGAACGUAGAGAUUGUCAGUUCUGAAGGAUGUCGUUGUUUCGGCGAUGCUUUGAGAGAUUUGGAUGCUAAAGGACUGAUUCGAGGUCAUUUCGUGUUGAUGGGAGCAGGAACUGUCACAAAUGCGAAAUUAGAACCGAUUUUUGAGGAGCAUAAAAACAAAUGCAAAAUGGACAAAGGAGCUGCCAUGACAGUCAUUUAUAAACGAGCUCCGGGCAAUCAACGAACCGGAGAUGAAGUUAUUAUAGCAACAGAUGCUCAUACGAAUCGUUUACUCUUCCAUCAGAAGCUGAAACCGCAUCAAAAGGAACGUCAUUUCCAAUUUCCCUUGGAAAUUCUCAUGGAAAAUCCCGAAAUGAUUGUUCAUCACGACUUGAUUGAUCCGCAAAUUGCUAUUUGUGCGCCUUCUGUUCUUCCUCUGUUCGCAGAUAACUUUGAUUUCGAGACACGAGAUGAUUUUAUUCGAGGACUUUUGAUCAACGAAGAAAUUCUCGCAAGUACAAUUUACGUCAAAGAGCUCAACGAACAAGAAUACGCUCGAAAAAUCACAAAUUGGCAAAGUUACAACAUGGUUUCCAAUGACAUCGUCAAUCGAUGGGUUUAUCCUCUCGUACCGAACAACGGAAUCUGUGAGUUGGAACAAAAAUACGCCUUUUUGCGAAAUAUGGUCUACAAAAACAACAAAUCGCAUCUUGAACGUGAUGCUCGUCUCAAAGCCAACGUCGUUUUGGGCGAAGGAUCAAACGUUGGCACAAAAUCUGUCUUAAAUUUCACCGUUGUCGGCAAAAAUUGCAAAAUCGGGAGCAAUUGUACUUUGAAUCACGUCUUUUUGUUCGACGGAGUGACGAUAAAAGACAAUGUCAAGCUGGAAUAUUGCGUUGUAGGCAAAAAUUCUAUCGUCGCAGAAAAUUGUCAAUUAGAUCAUGGUUGUGUCCUUGGCGAUGAAUGUCGUUUACCGCCGAAAACUCAUUUGAGCAAAGCAAUUGUGCGAAGUACGAAGCCUGAUGACUUCGAUGCUGACGAUUACGAGAAAUUAGCGGAGAAAGCGUACGUUAUGAAAGGAGAGGAAUCCCUUCAGAUCGAAUCUGACGACGAAGAUGAGCCAAAAAUCGUUAAUUCGCAUGUCAGAAUGGGAAAAUUGGAGUCGGAAUAUGUCGAAAGUGUUUACAGCUCUUCGAGUGAAGAUGAAGAGGAUGAUGCGCCGUCUCCAAUUCCCGAAGAUAGUAACAUUUUCUUGUCCGAAGUUGUUGAAUCCCUUAAAAGAGGCUUCGAGGAGAAAUCUAAUCCAGAUUUUUUGGUUUUGGAGAUCAAUUCUUCGCGUUACGCUUAUAACAUGACCUUGUCUGAAGUUAAUUUUUAUGUUAUCAAGGCAAUUUUGAGCCUUCCAACGUUAUUACAAGCUGAAACUGCCAAGAUUUUUUCCGUAUUUGAGCAAUUAAUGAAGUAUUUCGGACCUGUAGUGAAGAAUUACAUCAAAGGAGAGGCGGCGAUGAACGAUUGUCUCAAAGCAUUUGAGGAAACUUUUGUUCAAGUUCCCGCUCUCAAAGCUCGUGCUCAUCAGCUACUCCAUUACCUGUAUGACAACGAAAUCCUCUCAGAAGACGUGAUUACUGCUUGGUACGAGAACUUAGAUGACGAUUCGGGAUGCAAAACGGAUGCCAUCGGCAAAUUUAUUCAAUGGCUCGAAGAUGCAAGCGAAGAGGACGACUCCGAAGACGACUCAGAAUGAUAAUUUUUUGACUUUUGUUGAAAAUUAACUAAAUUGAAUAAAGAAAAAAAAAUGUUACAUAACGAAAUACGAGAAGA